AUGGCGGAACAGCAUGGAACGCCAGAGCAGGCUGCGGCUGGCAAGAGCCAUGGAGGCCUUGGGGGCAGCUACAAGGUGAUUGUGUACGAGAUGGAGAACUUCCAGGGCAAGCGGUGCGAGCUCUCGGCCGAGUGCCCCAAUCUGACGGAGAGCCUGCUGGAGAAGGUGGGCUCCAUCCAGGUGGAGUCUGGGCCGUGGCUGGCAUUCGAGCGCAGAGCCUUCCGCGGGGAGCAGUUUGUGCUGGAGAAGGGAGAUUACCCUCGUUGGGAUGCCUGGUCCAACAGCCACCACAGUGAUAGCCUCCUGUCCCUCCGCCCUCUGCUCAUCGAUGGCCCAGAUCACAAGCUGCACCUGUUUGAGAAUCCAGCCUUCAGCGGCCGCAAGAUGGAAAUAGUAGAUGAUGACGUGCCCAGCCUCUGGGCUCAUGGCUUCCAGGACCGCGUGGCGAGCAUCCGGGCCAUCAACGGGACGUGGGUUGGCUAUGAGUUCCCUGGCUACCGCGGGCGCCAGUAUGUGUUCGAGCGGGGCGAGUACCGCCACUGGAAUGAGUGGGAUGCGAACCAGCCGCAGCUGCAGUCCGUGCGCCGCAUCCGCGACCAGAAGUGGCACAAGCGGGGCUGUUUCCUCAGCAGCUGAAGGGCACCCAGGCCCCAGUGGCCCAGGCCCGCCCUGGGGGGCAGCAGAGGCAAGAAGAGGAGGCUCCAGGGCCAGGGUGAUGGUCUGCCUGU